AUGGGAUACCGCUUGUCUAGUCCUAUUAAUGUCAUGCUGUGCGAGGCGAGGGAAUAUCCCUUGAGAUUAAGAUUUAAUCUUCUCAGCGAGAGAUUCGUUAUCAAAUGCAUGUCUAAAAGAAAUCAUCCGGUUAUAAACAGUAUCGAAUCUUUGGAAUAUAGUCUUAGCACUCCUGCGCAGAAGGCUCAGGCCCUGGCUAAAUCUCCUUCGCUGAGAUGUUAUAUUACCAACAAACAUGACAUUUCACACCUGAAAAGUUCAUACUUUAUUCCUGCAUUCGAGAGUAGUUUGAAUGCUUUCAUUUUUCGUAAACAUUUUGAAUCUUUUAUCUCCUGCACUAAAGAAACCAACGAUAAUGAAAUUAUUCAGUCUUUUAGCAACAGACUUCAGGAACUAGACUCAUCCGGUCUCACCGUUUACACAGAUGGAUCAAAGCUGUCGGAGGAUGGAUGCGCGGGUGCGGCCUUUUUCUCGCCGGAACUUGGACAUUGCUUCAAAUACAAACUAACUUGCAGCGCUUCAGUAUUUACGGCGGAAGCUUGGGCAAUACAUCAAGCCCUGAUUUUGGCACUAGUUGCGGGCUAUUCUAAAAUUUACAUUUUUUCAGAUUCCCGCAGUGUAUUACAAGCCAUCUCGUCUCACAGAUUGAUCAAUGGUAAUUAUAUUAUUCACAAAAUAAAGCAAGUUUUGCUCCAACUGGAGCAUAGCAAUAUCGACUGCUUCCUCUUCUGGAUCCCCUCGCAUAAGGGCAUCUUAGGCAACGAGCUGGCUGAUAGGGCAGCCAAAGAGGCAUGCGUUGAUGGAGCCAGGGGUUUUUUCCGUACUCCCUACUCAGAUCUCCAAAUUCAGGCAGUAGCGAAGGCCCGCGCUCGUUUCACAGAUUAUUUAAAUGACAAGGCUAAUCACACCGGAGCUCAUUACCACUCGUUGUAUUUUUCAUCUACGACCGCUAUACCCUGGUACUUCAAAAAGAAGCUCAACAGGAACGAAAUAGUAUUGGUUAAUAGACUAAGGUCAAACCAUUACAAUCUCAAUUAUAGCUUAUUCAGGAAAAAUAUGGUGCUGUCUCCGGCUUGUGAAUGUGGUGACCCUAGACAGGAUCUUAAUCAUUCAAUUUUUUUCUGUCCUCUUACAAGACGCAGAGCUCGGCCGCUAGUCCUUUACCUAAAUAAAGCUUUCCCUUCCCACUCAUAUAAUAUAUUCACUCUGCUUGCUAAUCCUAGCCACAAACUAUGCAGACUCUUACUCGCCUUCCCAAAAUCGUUCGACGUUCCUAUUUAA